UCUAAUGUGAGUCAAAUGCACGCUGCCUCGGCCGGGAGAAAGAAACUCGGACCCUUCCCUGGACAUAACCAUUAAAUUUCUGCCUGGGUUGCAUGCUGUUGACCAGCUUCUUCCAUCGUCGCCUGUGAAGAAGGAAGCCGCAGCCUCUUACCACUCUUCCCCGGCAGCGAGCAGAGGGCUUCCCAGCCUCCACAGCGUCAACACACCCGUUGCUGGUUAAAGACAAAACAAAACAAACGCGUCUGACGGAGAUCCAAACAUGUCGACGGGGAGGAAAACAGCGUUAAGUGAAAACACUCUUUUUGGGAUGGGAAAUCCCUUGCUCGACAUUUCAGCUGUUGUGGACAAAGAUUUCCUUGACAAGUUUGGACUGAAGCCUAAUGACCAGAUCCUGGCUGAAGACAAACACAAAGUCUUGUUUGAAGAAAUUGUCAAGAGGAACAAAGUUGAAUACCAUGCUGGUGGUUCGACCCAGAACUCAGUGAAAAUUGCUCAGUGGAUGAUCCAGGAACCCCACAAGGUGGCUACCUUCUUCGGGUGCAUCGGUACCGACCACUUUGGGGAGAUCCUGAAGAAGAAGGCAGAAGAAGCCCACGUCGACGCCCAUUACUAUGAGCAAAACGAAGAGCCGACCGGUACCUGUGCAGCCUGCAUCACCGGGGACAAUAGGUCCCUUGUUGCUAACCUGGCAGCGGCAAACUGCUACAAAAAGGAAAAACACCUGGACUUGGACAGCAACUGGGAGCUGGUGAAGAAAGCCAAGGUCUAUUAUAUUGCGGGCUUUUUCCUGACUGUGUCCCCGGAGUCAAUCCUCAAGGUGGCGAAGCACGCUUCAGACAACAACAAAAUCUUCUGCAUGAACCUCUCAGCACCUUUCAUCAGCCAGUUCUUUAAAGAGCCCUUAAUGAUGAUCAUGCCUUACGUCGACAUCUUGUUUGGCAAUGAGACGGAGGCGGCCACAUUUGCCAAAGAGCUGGGCUUUGAGACAGAUGACAUUGCAGAGAUUGCAAAGAGGACCCAAAACCUCCCCAAGGAGAACACGAAGAGGCAGCGAGUGGUGGUCUUCACUCAGGGCAAGGACGACACCGUUGCGACUGUUGGUGAGAGGGUGACCAUGUUCCCCGUUUUGGACAUUGACCAGAACGAUAUUGUGGACACUAACGGUGCAGGAGACGCCUUCGUGGGAGGAUUCCUCUCUGCGUUGGUCCAAGAGCAUGCGUUGGAGGAGUGUAUCCGUGCCGGACACUACGCCGCCAACGUCAUCAUCAGACGGGUCGGGUGCACCUUCCCAGAGAAGCCAGACUUUCACUGAUGCAUCUGAGCACUGAUCAUUUGUCUUUUCCACAAGAUACUUGGAUAUGUAUGCUUCUUUCGGAUUUUAUGUACAUUUUUUUUUCUAUUUACAGUGACUGACGGCAUGGGACUGUGUGUACACUCAAGUGCUGCACCUUGGAUAUUUUAUCAAGUUCGAAUAAGCAUCUCAUAUAUUUUAAUACAGUUCAAACAAUGUACUAGUAUUAAAUGUUGGUCAUGUUUAAAGGAGCAUUCCACUGAAAAUCAAUUAUUGGUAUCAGAAAACUGAACACCUAGGCCUGAAAGGGGGACACUUGUCAAAUCGCUUCUACAGCAUAAUCCACUUCUCCACCAUUGAUCCAUAUGUUCUCUAUGUUUGAAACGGACUGUUUCUCCCCAACAGAGCUAAAGACUCUAGUUCCAUGUCCCAGUAUCACCUCGUCAUUGCUGUAAAGCUUUGCUGGAGGUGGUAUAUUUAGUGAUUUAUUUGCAAGGCGAUGGUAGUUUGGAUCAUACUGGAGAUCGGCUCAGUGGUGGAGACGCACAUUAUCCUGCAGGAUAGGUUUGAAAAGUUUCUGUGGACAUGUGGCUCCGAAAAGUUUGGUUCUUGCUCCUUCAUGGAGGAGUUACAAUCAAUUCCAAUGGUGACCCAGAGUCAAGGCCAAAAAAAAAAAAAAAAAACUUUUUAAACACACAUAGAUGUUUCUCAAACCACUCCUGCUGCGUAAUCCACUUCUCCACUGUUGAUCCUUAUGCUCCAAAUGUUCCUAAUAGUCAAAGCUUCACAAAUAAAUUUCUAAUUACACUUCUUCCUUUGGAGCUUCUGAGCUAUGAGGAGGCAACAGUGUGGCACAGAAGUCAUGUAGUUAGUGCAAACUAUGAGUACCAUCCUUCUCAUAGCAGUGUGUAACAAACUUUUUAGAGCCUACUUUCAAGCCUCUAGGGGGUGAGUGUUGUGAUACUAUGUCCUAUCAGUAUGUACAUUUUCAGUUGAAUAUUCCUUUAAUAUUCAGCUGUAAUACUGCAGAAAUCAUAGAUAUGGUGCCAUUCUGGGCUGCUUUCCAAUUUCCAGGAAUGACAGUUUAAACAGUA